UAAACAUGUGUUUGUCUUAUACAGUCUAUGGUUUACACUGAGCUCAAGUAGCUUCAAGAACAUUAAUACAAACUGAACUUUUCGACCAAAAUGUCUUGUAAAAGUCGGGAUAACGACGACAACGUUGAAGGGCAGUCUGCACUCAAAGAGGAACUGAAUAGAAAGGUCAAGGAGCAGAAAGUUGUAGUGGACGAGCUCUCCAAUCUGAAGAAAAACAGGAAAGUUUACAUCCAGCAGAGGAACAGUAACAUAUUCUUCCUGGCAGACAGAGGUCAGACACUGGGCUCAUGCAAAAAGGAGCUGGAUGAUAUGAAAAAGGAACUGCAGGAUAUGUAAGGCUGAUCUUCAACACAACAAUGUGUGGCAUCUUUUGUCUGUUGAGUCUGUCACCCACUCACUGCGAGUGGGACAAAACAGUUUAUGAACAUUUGAA